CGCUGCGCAGGAAGUAGGGAGGGCGGGACCGAUCGGCCGCAGGACGCCGGGACCCAGCGGCACUGCAGGCUGUACCCGCCCCGCCGUCCCGCGGUGGGACCGCUCCUCGGCCGUGCGCACAGAUUGGAAAAUCAAAACCAAGAGGUGGCAUCUGUGACCAUUGAGGACCCCAGGUUUCCAGGCCCCCAGAAGGGCAGCUCCUGACGAGUGUUUGGGGACCUCCGAUCGCGGAGGCCUCAGUCUGCCACCCAGCAUGUCCCAGAGACAGCCUGACAGCUCGUUGGAUGAGAAACAACUAGAAUAUCGAUUCCAUGCAGAGCUGCGACUAGACGCCAAUGGGAAUCCAAUGCCUGGCCUCCCCAUGGUCCGGGGCUCCUUGAGAGCCAGGACCAAUGCUGCCUUUGAGCCAGAGACCUCUGAACCCCUGCAGGUGCCGCCAGAAGAUGAGGGGUCGCGGCCCAUCAUCCUCAGCACGCAGAGCCCUGCGGCGCUCAAGAUGGGGACCGAGCAGCUCAUCCCUAAGAGUUUGGCAGUGGCCAGCAAGGCCAAGACCAAAUCCCCAGCCCGUCACCAGAGCUUUGGGGCAGCCAUGCUCAGCAAGGAGGCAGCUCGGCGGGAUCCCUGGCUCCUCUCCACCCCCAGUUUCUCCUUGGAUGACAUGGAUAUGGACACGGCGGGUGCUGGUGGGAAUCUGAAGCGAAACAUAAGAAACCAGUCCUACAGGGCAGCCAUGAAGGGCCUGGGGUCACCCGGCAGCAAGGGGGACUCAGUUCAGCUCAGCCCCAAGCUUCAGGCCUUGGCUGAGGAGUCCACUCAGCCUCCUGCUCGGUGCCCAGCCAAAAAUAAGAAAACUCUGGGACGGAAUCGCGCACACAAGGGCUCCUUCAAAGAUGACCCCCAGUUGUACCAGGAGAUCCGAGAGCGGGGUCUAAAUACCAGUCAUGAGUCUGAUGACGAUGUACUCGAUGAGCCCUCCAGCCCAGAAGGAACUCAGAGAGUGGACACCACCAUCGUGGUCAAGAGCUACCGGCCUGCCCAGCUCACCUGGAGCCAGCUUCCAGAGGUGCUGGAGUCAGGUGUCCUGGACACGCUAUCUGUGGAGGAACGCAAGAGGCAGGAGGCCAUCUUCGAGAUCCUCACAUCUGAGUUCUCCUAUCUGCACAGCCUGAACAUCCUGGUGAAGGAGUUCCUGGAGUCCCAGGAGCUAAAGAAAACCAUGACACAGACGGAGUAUCACCACCUCUUCUCCAACAUCUUGGACGUGCAAGCUGCCAGUAAGAAGUUCUUUGAAGCCUUGGAACAGAGGCACAAGGCGCAGGUGUGUGUGGAGGACAUCAGUGACAUCUUGGAGGAGUACGCUGAGAAGCACUUCCUCCCGUAUGUGGCCUACUGCUCCAACGAGGUCUACCAGCAGCGCACCCUGCAGAAGCUGUCGAACAGCAAUGCUGCCUUCCGAGAAGUGCUCAGGGACAUUGAGAAACGGCCUGCGUGUGGGGGCCUGCCUAUGAUCUCCUUCCUGAUUCUCCCCAUGCAGAGGGUGACCCGGCUGCCACUCCUGACAGAUACACUCUGCCUGAAGACACAGAGUCACCCCGAAAGGUAUAAAGCCGCCAGCCACGCCCUGAAGGCCAUCAGCAAGCUGGUAAGACAGUGUAAUGAGGGUGCCCACACGAUGGAACGCACGGAGCAGAUGUACACACUGCACAUGCAGCUGGAUUUCAGUAAGGUCAAGUCCUUCCCACUCACCUCUGCCUCUCGCUGGCUGCUGAAGCGUGGGGAGCUCUUCCUCAUGGAGGAAUCCAGUAUCUUUAGGAAAAUUGCCAGCCGACCCACAUGCUACCUGUUCCUCUUCAACGAUGUCCUGGUUGUCACCAAGAAGAAAAGUGAGGAGAACUAUCUGGUCCAAGAUUAUGCACAGCUAGACCACAUAGAGGUCAGGAAGCUGGAGGCCUCAGAGCCCUCACUGCCAGGAGGCAGCAGCCGAAGUUCCGCUGUACCCCACCCCUUCCAAGUGAACCUGCUAUGCAACAGUGAGGGCCGCCAGGAGCAGAUCCUGUUGUCUUCCGACUCUGCGAGUGAACGGGCCCGGUGGAUCACAGCCCUCACCUACAAGGAGAGGCAGUGGCAGGACAUCGACAAAGGCGAGCUGCCCCAGGUGGAGAUCACCAAGGCGUACCUUGCCAAGCAGGCUGACGAGAUCACAUUGCAGCAGGCUGAUGUUGUCCUGGUCCUCCAGGAAGAGGAUGGCUGGCUACAUGGCGAGAGGCUUCGGGAUGGAGAAACUGGCUGGUUUCCUGAGAGCUUUGCUCGCUGCAUCACCAGCCGUGUGGCGGUGGAAGGGAAUGUGCGCAGGAUGGAGCGGCUAAGGGUGGAGACAGAUGUGUAGCUGGACAGUUCAAAAGCCCAGCAUGGUGGACACAGCUUCAGUUCUUCAACCAGCAAGGGGUUCUGCCUGACUCCAAGAAGUGCAAGCCGUUUGCCAUGGGAUGCGCCUGUUCCUUGGGCCUUCCCACGGCCUCAUGGGGGAGCAGAACACAGGACAGCUACACCUUCCACUUGCUUUCUCAGAAGGCUUUGAGCCGAGCUACAGGGGGCCUACAUUCUCAUUCUCGUAGGAGCCCAGUCUGGCCUCUUGCUGGCCACCUGAGCUGCACCCAGGCUAAGAGUUGCACUGGACUGCUGCCUUCACAGCAGAAAACACAGGGCAACCUCCCAGAUGGACCCUUUUUUUCUUUCCCAAGUGGGACAGGAAGGUGACCUGA